GUGUUGCUCCGGAAUCGAAGGAGGUGUCGCCAAGCCUUGUGAGUUUGCUGGUGAACCCCAAACAAUAUAUGGCGUUGAACGAAGAGAACAAGGAAUUAAAAGUGUAGCCGAAGACAUUGAUGUUUUGGAAAAGUUUAUGGAUGAAUUGAAAUCUAACCCCAAAGUAGAGUUAUUGCAUGAUAAUGUUAGUGGUAGCAGUAAUACUUCGUGGCGGGGACUUAUUAUGGAUAAUUGUGUGACUAAACUUUCGAAUUUUGAACUGAAUCAUACUAUUCAAGCGGUUUCUGCGGACAUUAGAGACUUUUCAGAAAUUGUAAUAUGGUUAGCUCCAGAAAAAUGUGUAAUGAAAAGUGGAACCAAACAACAAUCAUCAGAGUGA